AUGUCUCGCUUUGAUCCCUUUACCCUUAUUGACCUCUGCUACCGCAUGGUGGACAACCAUGCUCUCGAGGCCACGCUCUUUAUUCCCACUAAUCUGUUGUCCCGCUCCCGCUUUGAUAAGAACAAAAACAACAAGAACAAGAACACGAACAACAACAACAACAACAGACGCAGAUGCCCCGUACUCAUCCAAUUCCACGGAGGGAGCUUUCUCAUGGGCCACCGCCGCUACGAACCCUGGUUUGCACAAUGGUUCCUGGACCUCGCCCGCACCCACGAGAUGAUCAUCAUUCGACCCGACUAUCGACUCCUCCCCGAAUCGAGCGUGACUGAUAUUCUCGAGGACAUCGAUCACUUCUGGCGAUGGAUGCAGCAAGAUCUGUCGUCACUUAUGGCAGACGAAUAUACAAAGUCGGGGUUGUUCCCGGAUCUCUCGCGAGUGUUAUGCUGCGGUGAGAGUUCCGGCGGGUGUUUGGCCGUGUAUUCCGCUCUUGAGUUGGGCUCUAUCCUAUCGACGGAAGACAAAAGUGAGGGCACGAAGAUCUCCAUACGAGCGAACGUUCAUGGGAAUGAGGCCUCCACCGCCCAGACAGGCGGAGGCAGGGAUCAGGAAACGAUUCGCGGCAUCCUACGUGCUUCGGCCAGCAAUGCGGACGGCAGGACCCCCGGAUUCAGUGCCCCCAGCGCCGCUGCACACGAGGCCGCCAUUCGUGAAGCCUACUCUGUCGCGGGUCUGGACUUUUCCCAGACAGCGAUGGUUGAGGCGCAUGGCACAGGAACCGCUACGGGUGACCCGAUUGAGGCGAACGCAAUCGCCAAGUGUUUCGGGGGGGCGGGGGUUUAUCUGGGCGCGGUACGUGAUUUUAUUCGAAAUUCGAACUCCGAGUGCGAUUUGUUGAAAACUGAUCCGGGGGCAGUGAUCUCGUUGGAGCACAAGACCAUCAUUCCCAAUAUCAAGUUUCAUACGCCCAAUUCAGCCAUCCCAUGGGAAGAAGCAAAGCUAGUGGUUCCAGUGAAGCCUUGCCCCUGGCCUAAGGAUCGUGCCGAGCGCAACAGCGUGAACUCGUUUGGCAUAGCCGCUGUCCGGGCCUACGCCGGCACUUUGCCAGAACUUGACCCGGACGGCAUUUGUGUUCACGGGGCAGGGAGCGCAAUGAUCGUCUUGAUCAGGGCGGAAUAUUCCCAGCCGAUCUGCACCGCCCUUCAAAUUGCACUGGUCGAUUUGUUAGCAUUCUGGGGCGUGAGGCCCUCGGCAGUGAUUGGGCAUUCUAGCGGUGAGAUUGCUGCCUCCUAUGCAUCAGGCGCUUUGACAAAGUCCGAAGCCAUGACUAUCGCGUUCUACCGCGGGCAUGUCUGCAAGGAUGCACCACAAAAAGGGGGCAUGGCAGCCGUCGGGUUGGGAAAGACACAGGUCGCUCAGUUCCUCCUUCCAGGAGUGAGCAUCGCUUGCGAGAACAGUCCGUCAGGUGUCACCUUGGCUGGGGAUAUAGACAUUCUGGACAAGGACGUGCUCAUGGCCAUGGGUGUGGUCGACGGUGGCUUGCCGAAUAUCGCCCUGGGAAAGGAGGGGGCGGGGUACGUCACUAAGGUCGGAGCAGUCGUCAGCCACCUACAAAUUGGAGACAGGGUGCUCUAUCUCAAUAACACCACAUCCAGUCUAGCGACGGAGACACAAACCUUGGGGCGCAUUACUGCGCGGAUUCCCGACACCCUCAGCUUCGAAGAUGCGGCGACCAUGCCGGCGGUCUACGUGACGGUGCUCAUCGCACUGGUCGAUAAGGCACGGCUCGAGAACGGGCAGUCCAUCCUCAUCCACGCGGCCGCGGGCGGCAUUGGCACUGCGGCGAUCACCGUGGCUCGCUGGCUGGGGCUAGAGAUCUACUGCACGGUCGGCUCAGAGCCCAAGGCGGCUUUCCUAGUUCGCGAGCACGGAAUCCCCCGCGAUCGGAUUUUUCAUUCGCGCAAUGCCAGCUUCCAAGACGACAUCAUGGUCGCAACCAAUGGUAUUGGCGUUGACUGCGUGCUGAAAUCUCUCUCUGGCGAGUUGCUACACGCAUCGUGGGAGUGUGUCGCGGCGUGUGGCUGCAUGGUGGAGAUCGGGAAACGGGAUAUGCUCGGUCGGGGCCAGCUGGCUCUCGACCGGUUCGAGGAUAACCGCGCCUACAUUGGCAUCGACCUGGCGCUGUCCGUUGUCGCCGCCCCGGCGCAGGUUAGCAGGCAGAUGAAACGCAUGCUGGACCUUUACGCCGAUGGUCAUAUUCGGCCCAUCCACCCCGUUACCUUCUACGAUGCCCACGAUGUUCAAGAAGCGCUUCGAUACAUGCAGACAGGCUCCCACAUUGGAAAGGUCGUCAUCCGGACGUCAGAGAACACCAACCGUGCGCUACAAUGGCGGCCAGAGACUCCCAAGCCAAGCUUCCGCCAAGAUCGAGCGUAUCUUCUUGUUGGCGGUAUGGGAGGCCUGGGUAAGGCGAUUGCCACGUGGAUGGUCACGCAUGGUGCGAAGCACCUCAUCUUCCUGUCGCGCUCCGUGGGGGCCUCAGAAGACGACCAGGCAUUCAUCCAUGAGCUGAGACUGAGGGGGUGCGCAGUCCAAGCUGUAGCCGGAGAUGUUGCCAAUUUCGACACCGUGCAGAACGUGAUUGACCAAGCACUGGUGCCGAUUGCUGGAGUCAUGCAAAUGGCGAUGGUGCUCUGCGACGUGGGCAUCUUGGAUAUGACCGUGGACGACUACCGCACCCCUCUGCGGCUCAAGGUGGAAGACACUUGGAGCCUUCACCGGGCGCUGGGUCCGUCCAAUGCAGAUCUAGACUUCUUCGUGCUGUUUUCCUCGGUGGGUUGCCAAGUCGGAUACUGGGGGCAGGCCAACUACGCGGCAGCCAACACAUUCCUCGACGCGUUUGUGCAGUAUCGACAUGCGCAGGGGCUCCCAGCCUCGAGGCAGGACAUCGGCGCUAUCAAUGACGUUGGGUUCAUUAGCCACAACCCUGCAGUGGGAAGCGCAAUGGAGGCGGGCUCCGCCCGGCUGUUCACAGAGCAGGACUUCCUCGACACGCUGCAACUAACCAUAGCUCGGUCAUCGGCCCGACCGCCGUGCGAUGGCAGGCCGCCAGGCACCGCAGCGGGACUAGGACGGGUCUUCCACAACCCCAGCCAGGAGUCUCAAGUGAUGGAGUCCCGACUGCCCAUCACGCACCCGGACAACCACAUCAUCUGGAAGCGCGACCCGCGGAUGGCCAUCUACCGCAACAUCGAGACGGUCGCCGCGCAGGGCGAGGAUGCUACGGGCGGCGGCGGCAGCAGCAGCAGCAGUAGAAGCAUGCUCAAAUCCUUCAUCGCGGAGGUCAGCACCGACCCGGCCCGACUCCAGCAGCCGGCGGCCGCGGAGUUCCUGGCCGGGGAGCUGCGCGACCGCGUGGCGGACUUCUUGAUGCGCAAGGCAGAGGACGGCGCGGAGCCGUUGAAUUUGGGCAUGUCGCUCACGGAAGUCGGGGUGGAUUCGCUGGUGGCCAUCGAGCUGCGCAACUGGUGGAAGCAGAACCUCGCGGUGGGGGUGACGGCGUUGGAGUUGGAAGAGUGGGGGCAGUAUAUUGGAGUUGAGGGAGUUGGCGGCGAGGAGGCUGCGGGAGAAGGUGUUUGGCAAUGGGCAAAGAUAAGAGAUGCUUGUCAAGGAAUUAUUGAGGUCCGUCAAUUUCAGAGAACAGGAUUAUGUCUUGAAUUCCCUCCAAUGAACUUGAUAUAUCUUUGCAUAUACGCCAUCCCUAUUCGAGCGCCAACCAUCUUUUGUCCAAUAUCUUGA